AUGGCCUUUCAUAGCCUCCUGGAGGACGUCGGAAGCCUGGGGAGAUUCCAGAUCCUUCAGAUGGUUUUCCUUUGUAUCUCCAGCCUCCUCGCGUACCCCCACAUUCUCCUGGAAAACUUCACCGCCGCCGUCCCCGCCCACCGCUGCUGGGUCCCGCUCCUGGACAACGACACCGCGUCCUCCAAUGGCACCGGGACCCUCAGCCAGGACGCCCUCCUCAGGGUCUCCAUCCCCCUGGACUCCAGCCUGAGGCCCGACAAGUGCCGCCGCUUUGUCCACCCACAGUGGCAGCUGCUGCAGCUGAAUUGGACCUUCCCCGACGGUGGCGCGGCGGCCACAGAGCCGUGCCUGGACGGCUGGGUGUACGACCGCAGCGCCUUCCCGUCCACCAUCGUGACCGAGUGGGACCUGAUUUGUGAAUCUCAGUCACUGAAAUCCAUGGUCAAAUUCCUGUUCAUGGCUGGAAUGCUGGUGGGAGGCCUCGUCUUCGGCCACCUUUCAGACAGGUUCGGGAGGAGACUGACCCUCAGGUGGUGCUUCCUCCAGCUCGCCGUCGCCGAUACCUGUGCAGCCUUCGCGCCCACCUUCCUCAUUUACUGUUCACUGCGCUUCUUGGCCGGGUUUUCUACCAUGAACAUCCUGACCAACUGUUCUGUGCUUAUCGUGGAGUGGACGGUGCCCCAGUUCCAGGCCAUGGGGAUGACAAUGACCAUCUGUGCUGCUUGUCUUGGACAGAUGCUCCUGGGCGGCCUGGCUUUUGCCAUUCGAGACUGGCACACCCUUCAGUUGGUGUAUUCUGUGCCAUUGUUCGCCAUCUUUCUUUUCUCAAGGUGGCUGGCCGAGUCCGCUCGGUGGCUGAUCAUCACCAACAGACUCGAGGAGGGCCUGCAAGAGCUCAGAAAGGCUGCACGCAGGAAUGGAAUAAAGGAAGCAAGUGGCACCCUGACCAUGGAGGUCUUGAGAUCCGCCAUGCAGGAGGAGCUAGAAGCUGGGCAGAAACAGCUGUCUGUGUUUGACCUGUUCAGAACACCCAACCUCCGGAAAAGGGUCUGUUUCCUGUCUUUUGUGAGAUUUGCCUUCUACAUACCCUUCUAUGGCCUGGCUCUCCACCUCCAGCACAUGGGGAGCAACGUGUUCCUGUUCCAGGUGCUUUUUGGGGUUGUCAACCUCCCCUCCAAUUACGUGGCCCUGCUGGUGCUGAAUCACCUGGGACGACGCCUGAGCCAGAUCCUCCUCACAUCCCUCCUGGGACUCGCCCUGCUGACCACCACAUUUCUGCCUGAAGAAAUGCAGAUCCUGCGUGUGGCAUUGUCGACCCUGGGGGUUGGUGUGUCUUCCGCGACUGUCAUCUGCACUUUUGCCCACGGACAUGAGCUGAUUCCCACUGUGAUCAGGACCACAGCUUCAGGCUUCAUGGGACUUGCGGGUAGUGUUGGGGGGGCCUUGGCCCCCCUGGUGAUGAUCCUGGCAGUGUACUCCCCCCACGUGCCCUGGAUCAUCUACGGCGCCCUCCCGCUCCUCACUAUCCCCAUUGUCCUGCUCCUUCCUGAGACCAAGAACCAGCCCCUGCCUGACUCCAUCCAGGAUGUGGAGAACCAGAGGAAAGGCUCGACAGAAGCAAAGCAGGAAGAUCCCAUCGUGAAACUGACAAAGUUUUAA